CUGUCUCACAGCCUCUACCCCACUCUUUUACCUCAGUUGGCAGUUUUUCUCUUUCUGUCUUUGCUGAACCUCUCAAUGGAUUCAGUCUGAUUGAUCGUAAUGAGUUUGGAGAGCAUGAACAUGGCUGGAGGUUUCCUGGGAGCGGCCUUCUCUCUCCUGCUACUUGCCUCUAUUACGCAAGGGCUCAAGGAUUCUGACAUUUUUCAUUAUGAAAAGAUGGAGGCAGUAGUGGGUGAGAAUGUUACCCUACCCUGUAUUAUCCGAGGCAGUACUUCUCUCAAGAUCACGAGUAUUGAAUGGAAAAAGAACAAGAAGGGAAGCACAAAGCUGGCUGUGUACUCCCCUAAUCAUGGAAUCUGGCAGAUGUGGCCUAAUGUCACCAUGCAGAAUGUGUCCAACGGUUCCUAUCUACACCUUCACGGCGUGGAACAAUGGGACAGUGGUUUCUAUAUUUGUCAGGUUAUGACUUUUCCUGAGGGCUCCAAGAGGACAGAAACAGAGCUAAAGAUCAAAGAUAAAGUUAAAAUAUUGUGUGAUAUGGAAAGCACUGUCCAAGUUCAUCCUGGAGAAAAUGUGACAAUUUCAUGCACAGCGUUUCCUUCUGCACAGUACAAGUGGACCAAGAACAAGACACUGGUUUCAGAGAAUGAAUCUCUGAAGCUCUGGUGGGUGACUGAUACUCAAUCAGGGGUUUAUACACUGACUGUCAACACAGGAAACAAAACAGUGUAUAAAGAGUUCAUCAUCACCGUGCUGACAGCAACCACAAGCUUGAGGACAGAUCUCAUGACAGCAUCACCACAGUCUAAUGUGUCUGAGGAGGGUUGGAUCACACCAACAGACGGCAGCCUCACCACAUCACCGACCCCUUGGAUGUCAGACAUCGAUGGCAAUGUGACUUGGACCACGAAUAUUGCAACUGAUGUAACAGAUGAUGAUCCCGACUCUAGAAAUGUCACAGCUGGAGCGCAUUUAACAGAUUAUACCCAUAUAAGUGUCACGUCAUCCCCUGUCACACACACUGACAGCUAUCACUUUAACAGCUCCACUGAUCAGGAGAUUAACAGCAAUCUAAACACAUCCGCUUUCUCUGACCAAUCAGUGCUCAGCAAUCAAUCCACAACAUUAAGUUACGGUAACAAGGUGUUCAGAUCGACACAGGAGACAAGGAAUGAGUCCAUGGGAGGCAAUCCUGGUGAAAACCCAACUCCAGACACUGGAAAUACAACAGAAGCCGUUAAGGAUGGAGAGAUGGAUGGUAUGCAGAGUGAUCAGUUGUUGGCGUUCAUCAUUGUUCCAAUCCUGCUACUGAUCGUUUUGGCUGGAUUUCUCUACAAGAGAAAAAUGAAGAGGGAAAAGAUGGAUCUCCCGCCUCCGUUCAAACCCCCUCCUCCUCCAAUCAGGUAUACAGCUGCAAGGCAUCGUGAGAUUUACACCGAGUCGUUCCCCACUUCAAGGUGUAACUCUGUGGCAGAACGGAAAGAUAUGAAACAAAUGUUUAUUAAUAUUUAAUGCCUACUAUAUUGCGUGAUGAAGGUGUACAAUUUGCAUUCUAUAAUUGCUCGGAUAUAGUUCAAACUCUGUAUUGUCACAUGCAAAGAAUAAAAACGUAAAUCAAAUUUUGGUCAGUUUCAAGCUGACGUUACAACACAGUUGCAGGCAAUUGUACAAACAAGAGCUGCGUCUAUAUGAAGGGGGGAGGUUUAUGUUAUUUUAUAUAAAAAGAUUUUACUUUUAAGAUUAAAUGUUUUAAAGUUCAGCAUAAUCUAAUAUUGUAAACAAAAUUAAAGCAGGUUUUUUGUAUGCUAAAUUGACUAAGCUAUUACAAUGCAGGUGCCUGUUGUAUUGUAAAUGUUACUCUAUGACAUAUUUGCAAUAUUACUGUAUAUAUAUAUAUUCACUGUAACGUUUGAAUAAAGUCACUGCUACUGUA